AGUAUUAAGGCCAUGGCUGCACAACGAAUGGAUAUUCUCGUUGACGCCGACAGGCAGAGAGCAAAAGAAGAUUCUGAAAAUAUUACAUGGAUUUACUGAACGAAUUAUUGCUGAAAGAAAACUUUAUCAUAAUCGUACUAAUAAUCGAUAUUUACAAAGUUCUGAUAAUGACACACCAACAGAAGGAGAUGACGCAGAAGCAAUUGGAAUACGAAGAAAACGGUUUGCAAUGUUGGACCUUCUAAUAGCGGCAUCUCGAGAGGGUCUUAUGACUGAUUUAGAUAUCAGAGAAGAAGUCGAUACCUUUAUGUUUGAAGGUCACGAUACUACGGCAACAGCUCUAUGUUUUAUUUUGGCACUAUUAGCUGAACAUAAGGACAUUCAGGAUCGUGUAAGGAAUGAAAUCGAUACGGCUUUACAAGAGAAUGGAGAAAAGUUUACUAUGAAAUUGUUGCACGACUUACCAUAUUUAGACAGAUGUAUAAAGGAAGCGUUACGCUUAUAUCCUAGUGUAUAUCUAAUAUCACGAAUUCCUGGUGAAGACGUAAAAUUACAGUCAUAUAUAGUACCAGCUGGAACGUACGUGUUCUUUAAUAUGUAUAAAGCUCACAGAGAUCCCAAUUUUUGGCCAAAUCCAGAAUUAUUCGAUCCCGAUAGAUUUUUGCCUGAGAAAAUCAGAAAUCGUCAUCCUUAUUCGUAUGUACCAUUCAGUGCUGGACCACGUAAUUGUAUUGGCCAACGAUUUGCUAUGCUGGAAAUGAAGGCGAUGAUAGCUCCCCUGGUACACAAUUUCUACUUGGAGCCCAUUGAUUAUUUACAACAUGUUCGGAUGGUAGUUGAUAUAAUACUUCGCCCUGCUGAUUCAAUUCGUGUAAGAUUUGUUCCUAUCUGUAAAACAAAUGCAAACCUUUGAAACAUAUACCUACAAAUUUAAUUAAUAUCGUGAAAGGCAAAUAAAAGGCUCUAUUUGUAUAAAAA